GGGGGCGACGAAUUAGACUUGGAAUUUGUAUACCAUGUGUUUCAAGCGCACGAGAGUUCCACAAGCUAAUAGGAGCAAAAGCCAAGGGAAGGACGGACGCCGCCGGUCAAGCCUAACGUACCAUGUCGUUCGCUGCUACGAUGAAGAACAUCGCCAACACGAACAUGCCUGCGGGCAUGGCGGAAUUGGCCAAGAAGAUGCGUGGCGAAGGCAACGAUUCCAAGUUUUUCACGUCGAGCAAGAAAGGGGAGACGCACGAACUACGCACGGAACUCGCCGACCAAAGCCGCGACAAAAAGAAGGACGCUGUGAAGAAGGUCAUUGCGAACAUGACAGUCGGCAAGGACGUGUCCAUGUUGUUCACGGACGUUGUGAAUUGCAUUCAAACGGCCGACACACAGCUCAAGAAACUCGUGUACUUGUACCUGAUCAACUACGCCAAGAGCAACCCGGACUUGACCAUUCUCGCUGUGAACACGUUCGUCAAGGACGCCAACGACCCGAACCCAUUGAUCCGCGCCCUGUCCGUCCGCACCAUGGGCUGCAUCCGUGUGGACCGCAUCACUGAAUAUUUGUGCGAACCUUUGCGCAAAUGCUUAACUGACGAAGACCCGUACGUUCGCAAGACGGCCGCGAUCUGCGUCGCCAAACUAUACGACAUUAACCCUGAACUGGUGGACGAACAAGGAUUCCUGGACAUGCUUCGCGAACUCAUUUCAGAUUCGAACCCCACAGUCGUCGCAAAUGCCGUCGCCGCCUUGUCUGAAAUCGCCGACAAUGGCGGCCAACAGCAUUUUAAAAUCACCAAGUCGGUGCUGCAGAAACUUUUGGCGGCGCUGAACGAGUGCAACGAAUGGGGUCAAGUGUUUGUCCUGGAUGCGCUGGCCAACUACGUUCCCGCAGACUCGCGCGAGGCGGAAGGCAUCAUCGAACGUGUGACGCCGCGCCUCCAGCAUGCCAACUCGGCGGUCGUGCUGUCCGCGGUCAAAGUCAUCAUGAAGUUCUUGGAAAAGGUGACAAAUGCCGACACGGAACGCACGCUGUCGCGAAAGAUGGCGCCGCCGCUCGUGACGCUCCUGUCCACAGAGCCCGAGAUCCAAUACGUUGCCCUGCGCAACAUCAACUUGAUUGUGCAAAAGCGGCCCAACAUCCUCUCGAGUGAAAUCAAAGUGUUUUUCUGCAAGUACAACGACCCGAUUUACGUCAAGAUGGAGAAGCUGGAAAUCAUCAUUCGCCUAGUCUCUGAGCGCAACGUCGAGCAGGUCCUGCUCGAGUUCAAGGAGUACGCGACCGAAGUGGAUGUGGAUUUUGUCCGACGCAGCGUCCGCGCCAUCGGGCGGUGUGCAAUCAAGCUCAACAACGCCGCGGAAAAGUGCAUCCACGUCCUCCUCGACCUCAUCCAGACCAAAGUCAACUACAUUGUCCAGGAAGCCAUCAUCGUGAUCAAGGACAUCUUCCGCAAAUACCCGAACCAGUACGAAAGCAUAAUUGCAACGCUUUGCGAAAACUUGGACACACUCGACGAGCCGGAAGCCAAGGCGUCGAUGGUGUGGAUCAUCGGCGAAUACGCCGAGCGCAUCGACAACGCGGACGAGCUGCUUCAGUCGUUCCUGGACUCGUUCGAAGACGAGACGGCCCUGGUGCAGCUCCAGCUCCUCACGGCGACCGUCAAGCUGUUCUUGAAGCGCCCGAACGAAACCCAAGCGAUGGUCCAGGCCGUCCUCAAGAAGGCAACGGAAGAAUCGGACAACCCGGACCUUCGCGACCGCGGCUACGUGUACUGGCGUUUGUUGAGCGCCAACCCGGAAGCCGCCAAAGCUGUCGUCCUCGCGGAGAAGCCCGUGAUCAACGACGACACGUUUACACUCGAGCCGGCGCUCCUCGACGACCUCAUCGGCAAGAUUUCGACGCUGGCGAGUGUUUACCACAAGCUCCCGUCAGCAUUUGUCGUUCGAUCCAACAUUGCCGAGAUUCAAAAGCAAAACGAAGAAGAGCGCGACACAGAAGGCGACGAACGGUACGAAACUGCCGCGGAAACGUCGGAUGGUGGGGCGUCCGGCGGCGUCGAUCUCCUUGACAUGGGAGGGUUGUCCGUCGGCGGUGGCGCACCUGCGACCGCUCCCCCCGCCGCGCCCUCUGUUGGAUUUGACAUCUUUGGUGGUGGCGGCCCCGUCGCUGCGGCGGCAACUCCCGUGAAGAAGCUCACGCCGUUUACGAAUGCCCAAACCGGCAAGGGUUUAGUCAUCCAAGGCGCGUACGUCCGCAAGCAGCCGACAUUUGCCCUCGAGCUCGACGUCGAGAACCAGUCGAACGUGGUCGUCCCGGGGGUUGCCAUCCAGCUCAACAAGAGCACGUUCGGCGUGGUACCGACGCAGCCUCAAGUCAACUUCGCCGCGCCCCUCGCGCCCGGCCAGCGCACCAGUGUCAGCAUCCCCAUGACGGUGAGCCCCCAAUUCGUCAAUGCGUCCGUCGCACCCAACACUGUGGUCCAAGCCGCGCUCAAGAACUUGGGGUCGGGCGACAUUGUGUACUUUUCCACAGAGCUCGACGUGAGUGUGCUCUUCACGGAAGCGGGUCUUGUCGACAAGGCGGACUUUAUCAAUUUGUGGAAGGGCAUUGCCGAGGCGAACGAAACAUACUUUGCGCUCCCGCUGAAGCCAACGAAUGCGUCAGUCGACGCUCUAGCGAACGUGCUGAAGAGCCGCAAUGUGUUUUACGUCGCCAAGCGCGCCGUGGACGGCAAAGAGAUUGGGUACUUUUCAUUCAAGACCAUGACGAACGUGUCGGCGUUCUUGGAAGUCACGUUCGAUGGAUCGAACACGGCCAAGGUGUGUGUCAAGGGCGAGCAAGCCGCAUUCAACCCGGUGUUUCAGAAACUGGUCGAACAGAUUGCGUCGUAGAGGACGCAACUCAACUGUCCCGCUGCUGCCUUCCCUCCUUUCACGCGCCAGCAUCGUUUAUCUGGACGAGCUUCAUGUACCAGGACAACCUAAUCUACUCUUUUUCUUUGCAUCAAAUGAA